AUGGGAUUCAUCAUAAAGUUUGAAGAGGAAAUGAAACUAAAAAUUCGGGGAGACUUGGCUCUGGACUUGACCUCUGACAGCACUGAGGUUCUGGUCCAGAGCCAGCCACACACUCCAUCUACACUGGAUGCCUCCCCACUUCCCGCUGUUGGUCUUCAGGGACCCAGGCAAGAGGAUGUGAAUGGACAGUCCAAACCCAUGGCCCCCUCGGGGAGAAAUCACUCAAGUUGGCUGAACGGGACAACUCCGUUCGUUGGAACUGCGACCCACAUGGUUUGUGUCUGCAAACUCAACACCUACUACCCUUUUGCUCACGUGUCUUUCAAUCUGACCAAACCACCAGGCAACUCCUCCUGUGCUGAUCAUUUGAGCGGAGCCAGGAACGGAAUAGAAAAUGAAAUCAAAGCUGAGAAAGAAACAGCCUUUGAAAAGGACCACUUUGCCGUUAUCGAAGUAAAUGAAGAGACUCCCCCGGCCUUACGCUUCGCAUACCUGGCCAAGCUGAAGAGAACGGCGGUGGCCGCUCCGGUGGGAUUCUGGUCCCGAAGCCGCGGAAGCGAGGGCGACGCUGAGCCUGCAAAGCCCGGCGAGUGGGCGCGGUUGGGCGCCGGGGCCCUCGCUCCGCUCCGGGACUCCUCCGAGGCCUGCGGGGACGCGGCGGCCUGCUUGGAGGGCGACGCUGAGCCUGCAAAGCCCGGCGAGUGGGCGCGGUUGGGCGCCGGGGCCCUCGCUCCGCUCCGGGACUCCUCCGAGGCCUGCGGGGACGCGGCGGCCUGCCUGCGGGGACGCGGCGGCCUGCUGCGCCCUGGCCUGGAGCGAUCUCUCGAAGCGUCGGGGACCCCCCUGCCGCUGGGGGCCGCCACGCGCAGGGACUCGGAAGCCUCCUUGCAGCAGCCGCUCUGGCUGCCGGGUCGCGGCCACCGGCGCCCCGUGAGCCCGGGCCUCUGCUCGCUGGUGUAUGAGACGCCCUUCGACGCCCAGGUCAGCCCCCACCAGGCCCGCUGCCGCUACCUGAAGCCCCGCUGGGCCGACUUCCUGGACAGGAUCCCAGAUGUGGGCUUCGUGGGCCGCUGGUGGCUGCCAGGGUCCCGGAUGUGCGCCGCCGGGCCCCACCAGCUGUACCCGGAGGCCAACGUGCGGCUCUUCGACGAGGAGAAGCCCAAGCCUGUGUUUCAGGGAAACUUUUCUUUGCAAAAACAACCUGCUUUUACCAUAUGUGUAUUGAUAGUGAUGUUAAAGUGA